AGAGAAGAAGGAAUAAUGGCAUAUAAGGUGGAUCACGAGUACGAUUAUCUGUUCAAGAUCGUUUUGAUUGGGGAUUCUGGCGUAGGGAAAUCAAAUAUACUUUCCAGGUUUACGCGUAAUGAAUUUUGCCUGGAGUCCAAAUCCACCAUUGGUGUCGAAUUUGCGACAAGGACUCUCCAGGUGGAAGGCAAGACAGUGAAGGCCCAGAUAUGGGACACUGCCGGCCAAGAGAGGUACCGAGCCAUCACAAGCGCCUACUACAGAGGCGCGGUCGGAGCCCUCCUGGUCUACGACAUAACCAAGAGGCCAACCUUUGAGAACGUGCAGAGGUGGCUCCGCGAACUAAGGGACCACGCAGACUCCAACAUCGUCAUCAUGAUGGCCGGAAACAAGGCUGACCUCAACCACCUCAGGGCAGUCCCGGAACAAGAGGCCAUGCUUCUAGCCGAGAAGGAAGGCCUCUCGUUCCUCGAGACCUCAGCCUUGGAGGCCAUCAAUAUCGAGAAGGCAUUCCAGACAGUCCUCUUGGAGAUUUAUCAGAUAAUUAGCAGGAAAGCACUGGCAGCACAGGAGGCGGCCACAGGGGUCCCGAGCCAGGGCACCAGUAUCAACGUGGGAGAGUACUCGAGUAACUUGAGCUCGAGAUCUUGUUGUUCUAACUAA